GUGACGUCGGUGUUUAUGGAUCUAAAUGCAAAACACAAAAUGUGGCGUUUAAUAAACCAACGGGGCAAUCCUCUGUAUCUUCAUAACACUCUUCAAGCCACUACAUUCGACUCCAGUAAGGCUGUUGAUGGUCUGAAGACUAAUCUGUCAGCAUUCGGGGGACAGUGCGUCAUAUCAGCAAAUUAUGAGAAGAACGCCACCUGGUGGGUGAACUUGAAGUCCAUUCACAGCAUUCAUACUAUACGGAUAUAUUAUCGGACAGAAAAUAAACAAUGGGGUGAUUCUAAUGGGUUCACCGCUAGAUUUCUAGGAUUUUACGUUUAUAUAUCAAACACAAAAAACAAAGAUGAUGGGCAUCUCUGUUUCCACGACACGAAUAACAACAAAUCCACAAUACCUGAUGUAGUCAACAUAACGUGCCCUGUACAUGGGCAGUAUGUCAUCUAUUAUAACAUUAGACCACAAGUUUCAAAAUACACCAGUGACUUUUCACCACAUGCUUUCAAUGAAUUGUGUGAAGUGGAAGUAUACGGUUGCAAGAAACCAGGAGUGUAUGGAUCAGACUUGUGUUCCCUCCCCUGUCCUGACAAUUGUCGUUAUUGUCACAUAGAGACAGGUGCUUGUCAGGAAUGUAAACCUGGAUACCAGGGACAUAGGUGUGAUCUGCCUUGUAAUAAGAGUUUCUAUGGAGAAGUGUGCAGGGAACAAUGUGGAAACUGUACUAACGGUACAACUUGUCAACAUGUCGAUGGAACCUGUACAAACGGAUGUGACGUUGGUGUAUAUGGAGAUAAAUGCCAAACACCUUGCCCUGUUGGUUGGCACGGGAAGAACUGUUCAGAUAGGUGCAGUAACUGUAAUGAAUGUGACCGAUUCACAGGACGUUGUACGUCUCCUUGUCACGUAGGCUGGAAAGGAAAAGUUUGCCGAAAGUCCUGUGAUAGCGGAAUGUUUGGUCAGAAUUGCUCUUUUGAAUGUGGCUCCUGUCUUAAGCUUAAAGACAGUCAAUGUCAUCCCAUCAAUGGAAGUUGUUUAAAAGGAUGUGAUGCUGGUUAUAAAGGAGGACUUUGUAAAGAAGUAUGUUCUAACGGAACUUUUGGAAAUAACUGUAAACAGAGCUGUAGCGUCAAUUGCAAAGUGCACAAAACGUGUAACAGAAGGACCGGUGAAUGUGAAGAGGGUUGUCAACCAGGCUGGGAAGGACUUCAAUGCAUUAAUAAAUGCACAGACAAUAUGUAUGGAUUGAACUGUAGUCAGUCUUGUGGUAAUUGUCGAGGGGAAACAAAAUGUAAUCACAUCAAUGGAAGUUGUCCAAGCGGAUGUGACAAGGGAUACAAAGGAGUAUACUGUCUUAAUGGUUGUAGCUUUAACACUUACGGAUUUGACUGCAUGGACAAUUGCAGCACGGAUUGUAUAAAGAAUGCAUGUGACUCUGUCACUGGAAAUUGUCCUCUGGUAAAGAAGUCAACACAAACGUUUAUUAGUAGCACGGCUGGUUCCGUCAUUGGAGGAAUCUCUGGACUUUUCAUUGCCUGUAUUUUUAUAGUGCUUUUGAUUCUUUUCUUAAGAAGGCGCAGUCAACGAGAAGUUGGACGACCUAAACAUUCCAAGACUGAAACCGAAGGGGCAGAAUCUACUUCUUCCGAUCCUCAGUCCGUAACCAAUAAGCAAAAAAGUAAACACAGGGAUAGUGGAAUUUACAAACAUUCUAAACGCAAGAGAAAGGCCGAUGAGGCAGAUGUGGAUGAAGAUGAAUUGAUACACUCGGAGAAUCCUUAUGGAGACUUUUACGCAAAUGAGACGACAAUUAGAGACAUACCUCUGAAUCAACUGGAGUCGGUAAUAGCUGAGAAAAGAAGGGAUAAAGAUGAUGGAUUUCAGAGAGAAUAUGCUACAUUGCCAUAUGGGGAACUACAUAAGUGUGAUGAUGGAAAAAGGGAGGAAAAUAUGGCUAAGAAUAGAUACAAAACUACAUUCCCCUAUGAUCAUUCUAGAGUAAAAUUGACAACGAAUUUUGGAUCUGAUUACAUCAAUGCAAACUAUAUUGAGGGUGCAGAGUGGGAGAGAGAGUACAUAGCAGCACAAGGUCCAAAGCAAAAUAUACUUGGCGAUUUUUGGGCAAUGAUUUGGCAGGAAAAUGUGUUCUCUAUUGUAAUGGUGACAAACUUAAAAGAAGGAACGAAAGUAAAAUGCAAUCAGUAUUGGCCAGAGGCAAAUAAAAACGCAAAUUAUGGUGCGGUUUCUGUAAAAUUGAUAGAAGAAAAACAGUACGCAUUUUACAUCGUGCGACGGAUGACUGCUACGCACAAUGACUCGAAGGAAUCCCGAACGGUGACACAGUACCAUUACACGGCGUGGCCAGACCACGGGACCCCGGAUCCUCUCUGUCUUAUUGUUUUUCUUGAUCACGUGACCAGAACAGGAACCAAUCAGAAAAACUCCCCAACAAUUGUUCACUGCAGCGCUGGAAUUGGAAGAACUGGGACAUAUAUAGCAUUAGAUGCUUUGAAGCGAAUAGGAGAGAAAAGAAAGAAAGUGAACGUAGCAGAGUAUGUCAAGAAGAUGAGAGAAAACAGGAUGAAUAUGGUCCAAACCUAUGAACAGUACAUGACAGUUUUUCUGGCAUUGAAUGAAAUAUUUAAAGCGCCAGUAAACAGUAGUACUAUUGAAGACUUUACCAAAAAGGCCGGAACCAUGACGAUUGAUGAACCCGCCAAUCAUAGUACAUUACGAAAAGAGUUUCAGCUGUUAAUGAAGAUACGGCCUAGUUAUACGGAUGAUGAUUUUAAGAUCGCUAAAGAGCAUUGUAGGGAUGCAUGUACCACCGAAGUAUUGCCCUUGGAUAAAUAUAUGAUUUAUCUUUCAACGCCUGUCACGAAUCGAGAAAGUUUCAUCAAUGCGAUAUACGUACCGUCAUUCACCAACAAUUGGGAGUUUAUUGUAACGAAAUAUCCAUCGGAAGGGGACGCUGUUGAUUUCCUGCGCCUGCUCUGUGAACAAGAGUCCAGUACUGUUAUUUUUAUGGAUCCCCUGCGUGAGAUUGAAUCGAGUAAGGCAUGGCUACCAAGACAAACUUCCUCUUCCAAUUCAGUCCCUCCUUUCAACAUUCAAUUUCAAUCAAAAACUGAGACUGACGUCAGCAGCUCCAUUGUUCACAUCCGGCAGAAAAAUAGUAAGAAGCCCCAGACAGUGACGAUAAUUGAGCCAAGGUCUAGCAUCAAGACUUCUGGAACACCUUUGGAUACUUCCCAGCUUCGAAGUCUGGUUUCUGUGGCACUAAGCGUGGAAACAGAAAACCCUGUCAUCGUUGUCAGCAGCGAUGGAGCUGCCCUCAGUGGUACAUUUUGUGCAGUACAUAACGCCAUUCAACAAAUUAACAUGGACGCAAUUGUGGAUGUUUUUACAACUGUCAGACAGCUUCAAGUUCGAAAACCUGAAUUCUGUUCCAGUCUUGAAGAAUAUGGACUGGUCAUCAAGUCUGUGAAUGAUCACAUUCAGCGAGGCACUGAAAACAUAUACUCUAAUCAAUAGAAAAUCAUCAAUAAGGGAUUUGGAAAUAAUAAUGAU